AUGUCAGACGAAGAUAAUUCAUGCCCACUUUGUUUGGAUGAAUUAUCUAAAGCUGAUAGAAAAUUUAGGCCAUGUCCAUGUGGUUAUCAAAUUUGUGUUUUUUGUUUUGAACGUAUAAGAGAAUCAGAAUCAAACAAAUGCCCAGCAUGCAGAAAGACCUAUGAUUCGGAAAAUUUUGCAAAUAUUUCAUCAGACGAAGAUUCAUCAUCAGAGGAUGAUUCAGAAGACGAUAGUGCAUCAAAUAAUAGUCUCGAAUAUGCAAAACGUGGUGAUAAACCAUUAAAUACAGUUAGGGUUAUCCAAAGAAAUUUAGUUUAUGUUACAAAUUUAGCUUUAUCAAUCGCAAAACCAGAGUUAUUAAAGAAAAAUGAAUAUUUUGGACAAUAUGGUAAAAUUUUAAAAAUUGUAAUAAAUAAAAAUAAUAUAUAUAAUGUUAAUUCACCACAUGGUGCAUGUGUGAGUGCAUACAUAACAUAUCAAAGAAAAGAAGAUGCGUUGGUUGCAAUUCAAACUAUCGAUGGUGCAACUAUCGAAGGUAGGGUUUUACGUGCUUCAUUUGGUACCACAAAAUAUUGCAGCUAUUUCCUUAGAAAACUGCCAUGUAACAACCCAGAUUGUAUGUACCUUCAUGAACUAGGUCAAGAAGAUGAUAGUUAUUCAAAAGAAGAUAUUACAUCAAAGUAA